AUGCACUUCUCCGCCCCUCUUGUGCUGCUUACUGCCAUUACCGGUGCUCAUGCACUCGUUCUACCGCGCGAUACCAAGUCAUACGCCAAGGUCUUUAGAAAUGUAAAGGCCAGAGUUUUCGAUUUGGAUAAUGCCUUUAGUCUCUGGACCAAGGACCCUGCCCCGAUCGUUCAAGCCGCCAACAGGCUGAUGGUUACGAUUGAACAGAGCACCAGCACCGUCCAAGGCUACGCCAACCUCACCAUGAAUGAGACGCUGAGCCUGUACUCCCCAGUCGCGGAGCUCAAGGUGCAGUUCGAGUACCUCGAUGAACACCUCGACAAGAGGAAGAAGGACUAUCGAAAGGCCGGGCUGUGCCAUCUCAUCAGCAGCCAAAUCGCCUCCAUUAUCGACAAAGGCAAGGCCCUGGCUGGCGUCACCAUCUCCAAGAUUCCCCCAGGCGCCCAGAAUUUUGCAAAGACGAAGCACGCUCAGGAUCUUUUUGAUACCCUGGAGAGAACUCGGGCCGCCUUUUCCGCCGACAAAUGCAAGCAGGCGACAACCGCAAAUGUGACAACUGGCAAGAAUGUUUGGCUAGAGCGAUGA